UUGUAAUUUAAAAAAAAAAGAAAAUUGUUAGAUAAAAUCCGGGAAGGUGGUGGGUGCUUCAGCGUCUGAAUUAGGCAGGCAAGACUGACAGAUGUUCUACGCCUCCUCCGCAUUCCACAAGUUCUUUCUCAUGGCACCAAAACCUCAGCGCCUCAAUCGAGUUGCAGAGACGACUCUGCAGAGCGCUACAAAGAGGCCGAGGAUGAUCACGACCACUGCUGAAUCCUCCAUGAGGGACGCUUUCGCCAAAUACGCAGAUUGCCUCAAUGAACUCAAUGAUAAACGGGAAAGGGUGGUAAAAGCAAGUCGGGAUAUCACCAUCAAUAGCAAAAAGGUCAUAUUCCAGGUGCACAGUGCUGAUGUUGCAACUUUAUUUUCCUACAACAGAAUGAGUAAACAUAACAAAGAGGAGGUUCUUGAGAAGGCAGAAAAAGAUCUGGCAGCUGUGACAGAUCAAUAUGUGGCCCGGCUAGUAAAAGAACUUGGGGGGACUGAUUUUUGGAAGCUAAGACGAGCAUACUCUCCCGGGGUACAAGAGUAUGUUGAAGCAGCGACACUUUUCAAAUUCUGCAAGACUGGGACUCUUUUGAAUCUUGGUGAGAUUAAUGGUAUCCUCUUACCAUUGAGUGAUCCUUCUGUGGACCCAUUGCAGAUUAAUGUCCUUGACUAUCUCUUGGGGCUUGCAGACUUGACAGGAGAGCUGAUGAGGAUGGCAAUUGGUCGGAUAUCAGAUGGUGAACUUGAGUAUGCUGAGAAGAUAUGCAGGUUUGUACGUGAAAUUCACAGAGAGCUGACCCUUCUUGCCCCAGAUAUGGAUGAUAGUAAUGAAAUGAAAACAAAGAUGGAUACUAUGCUACAAAGCGUAGUCAAAAUAGAAAAUGGUAUGCAUGUUAUUGGCAGUUAUUCUGUUCUGAUAAUUCAAACUCAAUGAAGUGUCUCUUGUAUG